AUGACUACCCCAACUACUACAAAUAAUUCUGACGUUCAAGUAAAUUUACGCGCACUGGUUGAUAUGUUACUCGGAUAUUUAAAAGACAUUGAUAAUACUCCAACGUUACAAAGUUCCGAAAUUGUUGAUGUUGAAGCUAUUGUAAAUGAUCUUGGUAAAUUAGGCAUAAUACUUGCAGAUAAUGCGACAAAGGUGACCAUUUCGUGUAAACCUCCAUGUACACCGAUAUCGGCCGUACCAACGAUCAAAACCAUGGGAGAUACAUUAUUUCGUAUAUGUGGAUUUGUUGAAUCGAUACCGAUAUCAGCGGGAAAAACGUUAAUUCAAAAAAUAAAGUCAAUUACAAGGGAAAUCCUUUUUGAUUCAGCAGCACUGGCGAAUUCAUUUUUAGAUGAGCCAGUAGAUCCAAACCCAGAUACAAUAUCAAAGGGAUACCUUAUUUCGACUGGAAUUAUAUGGGAAGCAUGUGAUCGAUUUGACAAUUUACCAAAAAAUAAUAAACAAGCUGUUACGAUUAAAUGGAAAGAGAUGCUGGAAUUAUUAAAAGAUGUCAACUUGGAAGUUAAAAAGUUGAUAGAAAACGAUGAAAAUCAAGGUGUUGACGAUGAUGGUUGGGAAGAAAUAUUUGGAGAGUCCAAUAAUUCAACGUUGACAGCAAAAGAAAAGGAAAUUGUUGAAUUAUCUUUAAAAUUAUUGAAUUUGGUGAAAAUACUUUUCACCAAAGUCUUAAAAAGGUGUAUAGAACCUCUUGAUAUCUCAUCAAGAAAGAAUGAUCUAUCAAAGAUCAAUCAGACACUUGAUCAAUAUAUGGAUUUGGGCAAAUUGGUUGCUGAUGCUGCGGAUGAAUUGGGAACAAGUUUAUAUCCCCCUCAACAUUCAACGGCUAUAGAAACAAAUGUUAAUCAUGUAUCUUUACGAUCUCAGGAUUUAAUUAAGGUGAUUUUGCCUUUUGCAUCCGAAGAGGAAGUCAAGUGGUUUAAUACCUGUGAUGCACAAUUUACAAAGAUUUUACAAUCUAUUCUGGAAAAGAAUAAAAAUAUGGUCGGACUUGAUUAA